UGGGUGCCUGUGUGUGUGUGUGUGUGUGUGGUUUCUCUCUCCCUGUAAGAUCACAGCCGGCAGCCUGUCUCCUGCUGGUGCUGCUGCUCUGACUAGUUCUGCUGCCUCUUCUCUCUCCUUUCUCUUUCUGCUUAGCGCCUUGCCUUCUGAUAACCACUCCCAGUAUGGAGACUAACCAGUCUGUACAGCUGUCGGGGGAACCACAGUCAACACCUGCAGGGGACAGUUCAGCAUUACCCAGUCAAAACAGCCCAGAGAAGCAAGGUGAUCAGGAAUCCCCAAACCCACUGCAAGCGCCGGAGGAGGAGGCAGGUGCGCAGCCUGAACCGGGAGCUCAUGAUGUCUCUGAGGAGUUGAACCGACAGCUGGAAGACAUCAUCAACACCUACGGGUCUGCUGCCAGCACAGUAGGGAAGGAAGGCCCCACCAAGACCAAGGAGCAGCCCGAGAACACAGAACCGCACAAUGAGGAUGGGGACUGCGAGGAGCCCACCGAAGACAAUGAGAGAGAACCUGCAGCUUCUGGAGAGCCACCCACAGCCAAAGAGCCUGUCAGCAAUAAAGAGCAAAAGUUGGAAAAGAAAAUUCUAAAAGGAUUAGGCAAAGAAGCCAACCUGCUAAUGCAAAAUCUGAACAAGUUGCAAACACCUGAGGAAAAGCUUGAUUUUUUAUUCAAGAAGUAUGCUGAAUUGCUGGAUGAACAUCGCACUGAGCAAAAGAAGUUAAAACUCCUACAAAAGAAACAGGUACAGAUCCAAAAGGAAAAGGACCAGUUACAAAGUGAGCACAGCAGGGCUGUCCUCGCUCGAAGCAAACUGGAGAGCCUGUGCCGGGAGCUGCAGAGACACAACAAGACACUGAAGGAAGAAACACUUCAGCGGGCACGUGAGGAAGAAGAGAAAAGGAAGGAGAUCACGAGUCAUUUCCAGAGCACCCUGACAGACAUCCAGGCCCAGAUUGAGCAGCAGAGUGAGCGCAAUAUGAAGCUGUGUCAGGAGAACACAGAGCUUGCAGAGAAACUGAAAAGCAUCAUUGAUCAGUAUGAGCUCAGAGAGGAGCAUCUGGACAAAAUAUUUAAACACAGAGAGCUGCAGCAGAAGCUGGUGGAUGCAAAACUUGAGCAGGCACAAGAAAUGAUGAAGGAAGCAGAGGAGCAACACAAGCGCGAAAAGGAAUAUUUGCUGAACCAGGCAGCAGAGUGGAAACUUCAGGCCAAAGUGUUGAAGGAACAGGAGACAGUCCUGCAGGCUCAGCUUACUCUGUACGCUGGAAGGUUUGAAGAGUUUCAGAGCACACUGACAAAAAGCAAUGAGGUGUUUGCCACUUUCAAACAGGAAAUGGAUAAAACAACCAAGAAAAUGAAGAAACUGGAAAAGGACACAGCCACGUGGAAAGCCCGGUUUGAGAACUGUAACAAAGCUCUGCUGGACAUGAUUGAAGAGAAAGCACUGAGAGCUAAAGAAUAUGAAUGCUUCGUGAUGAAAAUUGGAAGGCUAGAGAACCUCUGUCGAGCUUUACAAGAAGAAAGAAACGAACUCUAUAAAAAAAUUAGAGAAGCAAAAAUGCCUGAAAAAUGUGACCAAGGCCAGCACACCUCCGACGAUGAGCCAGAGGCAAACUCGGCUGUGGGUGAAGAGGCCGAUGAGGAUGAAGCCGACAGAGUUCAUGAAGCCGUGAAAAACCUGGCCGCGGCCUUCAUGGUACUUCACUGUCCAGAGUCCACCCUAGGCCCGUCCAGAGAAAUCCAGCCAGAAGUUGGCAGUCCUCCGGGGGGUGACACCACGGCCCUCAAGGAGCCAGAACAACCUGCUCUGAGCCCCUCAUGCCAUUCAGAGAGUCCCCUGCCUCCCCCAAGUCCUCAGGCAGAGGCCGAGAGAGGUAAUGAGGCAGAACCUCCCCUCGGAGCCAGGAAUCCCCUUGCAGCGUCAGGAGCAGAGGCCCAAAGUGCUGGCCUCCCUUCUGGAGCACGGGCUGAUCAGCAGCCCCAGAAGCCAGAGGCAGCAGCUUCGGGUCAGGCCCCCGAGCCCCCGGCCCAGGCCUCCCUGCAGGCGAUGGAACCCGCAGCAGGUGAGCACAGGCCGGCCGGGCAGGCGGGGCGUGAGCCCGGGGGGCAGCCCCCACCAGCAGCAGCAGCAGAGGGGCUGCCAGGGGGGGCCGCGGCUGGGCCCCAGCUGCCUGAAGUGGCCGGCACCAACCUGGAAGGGGUGGACUGAGCCCCCUUGUGCCUUCGGAGGCUGUUCUUCCUGACUUUCCAUCUUGUUGGAAACAGACUGUCUUCCGAAAGCGGCAUUAAGGGCUAGGGAUGUCUAAUGGAAGAGACUUAACUAGAAUCAAGACACUUUUAAACAUUACGCAGAGUACAUUCAGCUUUUGCUAUGUGUUCUUAGUUUAUAACUGAUUUGGAGCUUUUCUAUUUAUCACUUGUUGAUAGUAUAAUUUUCCCAAAUGGCAACAAAACAUACAAGUAGCAAAUUUAUAUUAAUUUGUAAUUAAGAUGGUAUUUAAUUCAAGUUCUUAACCAACCAUAAAAUUGGUAUUUAAAGACUUCCACUACAAUAUAUAAAUAUUGAAAAAGUGCUGCUUUAUUUCCAUGUUGUUUAGUAAGUUCCAUAGUAAGUAAUGGAUGACCAAGUUCCAUUUAAACACUAUAUACAUAAUAUAUGUAUAUGUGUGUAUGUAUGUGUGUGUAUAUAUAUAUAUACACAUAUGUAUGUGAAUAUAUACUUGUGUGUGAAUAUAUACAUGUAUGUUUAAGCACAUAUAUACACAUGUAUAUUUUAUAUACACAUAAGUGAAUAUAUAUAGUACACAUACAUUUCUCUCAUCUCUUUUUGUAUUAUUCUCAUGCAAAAUAUUUAUACGCUUAUGCAAAAAAAUUAUCUCUUUCUUGCAUUUGGGACUGCAGUAGACUGAUGCUCUUUGAACCAGAAACGGGUUCAGAACACAAGUAUGUAGGCCAAAUAAUGUUGGUUAAAAAUAAGUAAAUCAAUGGUGGUUCAAUGGAUUAAAUGACAGAAUAGCAGUUGAGUUAGACUGCAUGGUUAUGCAGAGCACACAGACACACAGAUGGCCACAGAAAGCCCUAAGCAGAAAGGGAAACUAUCACAGCAGUAGACUGCUCACCUCUUCCAGCUGCUUCUCCUACACAACUCAGCCCAUCGCCUUGCAACUUCCUCAUGUGGGGAGGCAGCCUAUUCAUGGCUUCCUGAAAGGAAAGGGUUGGAAGUGGGAAAGGGAUCGGGGGGGGGGGGGGUAGGGGGAAUGAGGGCCCUCGGGAUGCUCUGGUCCCCUGCCUCUUGAGCAACAGAGGUCUCGAGAUAGCAUAUUUACCAGGCCCUGCCAACUUUUCUGUUGCCUCUCUGUUGUCUACCAUUCUCUCCAGGGGGUUCCUCACCACCUCUUGCUGUCACUGCCCCAGUCUACAGUCUCUAAGUUUCUGUUCCUUCCUUCCAACCUUCUCCUUUGCAGCAGGAAAUUACACUCAGCCCUCAUCUCAAUCACAGCUAAGUAAAAGCUAUUAUUUUUCUAAAACAGAAAUCCACACAGUGUUUCAAUGUGAGUGAUGAGGCUAAAAACCAACACAUUUUCUGCUUUGAUGAAUUCUCUACAGCCAGAAGUAACAAAGCAAAGGACAAAUGGGUCCCUACUCAAAAUGACUUGAAAAAUAGGUGAGGAUACAAGACGCAAAAGCUAGAAAUACCUGGGGUUGUCUACAUGCGUAUUACAUUAUCAUUGCUUGACAAGAACCUCUAAUAAUGCCUACAGCAUGAAUUACUCUAUUUGAGUAAAGAGAGACUGCAACAAAGAAAUAGGAAGGAAGAGAGGGAGGCAGGGGAGAGGGAGAGAGGAAGGAGGGAGGGGAAAAAAAAAGAUCUAACCCAACCCUACUUUAAAAGUUGACCUUAAGUAGAAAAAUGGAUAAAAGCAAUAUUCUCUACGACUCAUUCAUUGUCACAUGUGGCUGUCUGUUAAGGCACGCAGAGCGCUUGUAGGCAGCAACCAUAUGUUAUAAGAAUUGUAAACUGCAUAAAAUUUGUUUGAAGUAGACACUGAGGGUAAUAAAAUACUAGUCAGGGAAAAAAAAUCAGGAAAAAAACAUAUUGUUAUUUGAGAGCCCAUGUAUUUUUAAAGGCUUAAGAUAUUAUAACUACAAGGUAUCCAGCCAAAUUCAACAUUAACUGGAAAUCUUAGAGAUUUAAACAUUCAUGUAAUUCAGAGCCAAAUAUGCACCAGAACAAUCCAAGAGGGUCUCCUUUCCCAUUAUUUAUAGAGGCUGAACUUCCAAGAAUGGAGUAAGAUUAGAUAAUCAUGGUAGAGUCUCAGUCUGAAUGUUUAGCAAGAGAAAUGGGCCUGAGAGGAGCCAAAUCCAGUAUAUUAAAUACUCUAAUACCCAGAGUUCAUUUUUUUUUCAUCCAGAAACCUUUCAUAGCAACACAUUACUCACUAUGGUAUGUAUCUGGGGCAGAGUUUCUGCUACAGUAACUUGUCUGAAAUUUGCAAGGCUUAUACUGGCUUUGGAAGAAUUAUUUUAAUAUUCAAAGAAUGUUUUAUUAUAAUCCUUUAUGUUAGAAGUUGGCCUUACUAAUUAUAACAAUAAGUCAUGAGACCUGAAAGAAUAAGAAAUUUCUAUUCUUCAUCAAGUUCAUGUAACUGUUUCUAGAGAUGCCAAGUCUACUUUCCAGAAACACUGGGGUGGUGGUUGUUUUCUAAAUAAAAUAACUAUAAUUUAUGUAUUUAUUAAACAGGCACUUCUCUUCCCAAA